AUGGCUGUUGACGAAUCGUCCCUAAUAUUUACAGUCAUGUCCGACGUUAAUAACAGUAGUUCUAGUAUAAGUACGAUCAAAUCUAGUUAUAGUUCAAAAACUAUUCUACCAUUAAUUACAUGUCCAAUUUGUCUUGAAAUUUUUCGUGAACCAUUACAAUUACCUUGUCAACAUAAUUUUUGUAAAUCAUGUCUUGAAAGAAUUACAGUAGACCGUUGGAGUCGAUGUCCGGUAUGUCGUGGAUGUUAUCGAGUACCGUUUUCCGGUGUUGGCUCAUUUGAAGUUAAUCGAACAAUUAUUAAUUUACUUGAAAAUCAUUCAUAUACGGAAUCAAGACCUAUGCUUCAAGCUAAAUGUGCUCUUUGUAAAUUAGAUGAUACAAUAACUAUAUGUGAACAUUGUCGUGAAGCGAUAUGUUGUAAAUGUCGUCGACAACAUUAUGAUGAAUUUCGUAAAUAUAUUUGUUUAAAAUUAAAUGAAACUCAACAAGAAACAGAAAAAUUAAUUGCUAAAGAAGUUGAAAAUAUAAAAAAUCAUGAAGAAAAUAUUCAUCAAACAACUGAUAUUGCUAAUACAAUUCGUUUUAAAGUUAACGAACUUAUAAAUAAAAUAAAACAAGAAGAAAAAAAAUUACUUCAAAGUAUACAAGAAUUUAAUAAUACUGAACAAAAGUUAUUGAAAGAAAAGAAUAGUCGAUUUCAAGAUCUUACAAAAAUUAAAACAUUUUGCUUAAGUUCUCAAGAAAAAUUAUACAGUAAAGAAGAAACAGAUCAAGAAGCUAUUGAAAUUCGACAAAAAUUUGAAGAAUAUGUUAUAAAUAUAAAUAAUCUUCAAAAUCAAAUUUUUCUUGUUAAAACGCCUCGACGUCGAAUUUCAUUUUUUAAUCAAGAUAUAUCAUUCGAUGCUAUUUCAUUGGGUUUUGUUGAAAUGAAAACGGAACUUGAACCAAUCGAAAGUUCUAUUCAACUUUCACAAUUAAAAUAUUGUUCAAUUGAUAAAAAUGUACAACAUUGUUCGAAAGAACUUAUUCAUAGUUUGAGUAGUACAUCACAAGAUCAAAGUGAAUUAUCAAAUUCAUCGAUAAUUGAUGAAAAUAAAUGUUGUCCAUCAUCAUCAAAAAACCAUAAACGAACACCACGUAUAAUUGGUAAACGAGGAACGCGUGAUACAGAAUUUAUUCAUCCAUCAUCAUUAGCUUAUUCGAAACGAGAUCAAUUGAUUUAUGUAUGUGACACCUAUAAUAAUCGUCUUGUAACAUAUGGAAUUGAUGGUGUAUUUCAACAAGUUUAUAAAGCUAUAAGCGAAACAGGUGAAAGACGUUUUCAUCAUCCAUAUGCAAUUCAUAUUGAUUCAAAUAAUCGUCUUUAUUUAAUUGAUCAAUCUGAUCGUCGAAUAAAAGUCUUUAAUCGUGAUUUUAAAUUAAUUCGUGUUAUUGGACAAUAUGGUCAUGUUAUUGGUCAAUAUUUGACUCCAUGCGAUUUAUGUACAAAUGAACAAAAUGAUAUAUUUGUAUGUGAUGCUGGUGGUCAUCAAAUAUUAAAAUAUAAUGAACAAGGUGAAUUUCUUCUUGCUUGGGGUGAACUUGGCACUGAUAAUGGACAAUUUAAAUGUCCAGCUUGUGUUUGUAUAAUGAAUGGUAAUCGUUUAGCUGUAUCCGAUUGGGGUAAUGAUCGAAUACAAAUAUUUAAUAGUGAUGGAAACCAUUUAUUAUCGAUUGGUCAUCGUGGUAAACUUUUAAAAGAAUUUUCUCGUCCAUUAGGUUUAGCAUAUGAUGAAACAACAGAAAAAUUAUUCGUUUGUGAUGAUGGAAAUAAUCGUGUGAUGAUAUUUAAUCAUGAUUUUAGUAUAACUGAAUUAGUAUAUUCAAAGAUAAGUUUCAAUGGACCUUAUGAUAUUUUAUUACUUAAAAAUGAUCGAAUAAUUAUAUCCGAACAUCGAGCACAUCGUUUACAAAUUAUUUAA